AUGGAUGUAGACGAGUGUAGCUCGACUACGCCGAUUGUGGCGAAUUCAACAAGUGUCGCAGUCCAACCACCAACACCUCCACCCAACUCUCCUCAACAAAUUGACGCACCCACGUCGAAACCGCUUCAUGGUGAUAAAACGGACCAUGAAGGAGACCACGCUCUACCACUUACUGCCACAGAUCGCAUGGCACACGAAAUCACGCAGCAGGUGCAAAUGAUCGCCUGCGUCCUGCGAUCGGUCGAGCGUAUCUCAACCGAGAAGCCUUCACCUGACGACGCCACCAAAUUGCAAAUUGCCCAACAAGACGCUCUGAGUUAUCUUGCCUUUCUGCGGGAUCGUUAUGCCGGCAUUCUGAGGUCCUUCGCGGAAGAAUGA